GCUCCCACCACCACCACCACCUCGUCCUCCUGCGCCGCCUGCCACCUCUCGCGGGGCCGCUGCCCGCUCCACACUUCGCCAGCGCGUGUGAACGGUGCGGCAUGCGCGCAGCACGAGCGCUGCCCUCCUCACUCGUCACACGGCCGCGGCCUCCACCGUAGCCGCGCGGUCAGCCAGCGACCCCAGCCACCGGCGCCAUGCCCGCCCCGGCCGGCGACACCGACGAGGAGGAGUUCGAGUGGGACGCCGAGCAGGAGGAGACGAUGGCCGCCUACGAGGCCGAGAUCGCCACGCAGCACGCCCGCGGCGGCUCGGCCGUGCCGCAGCAGCACGGCAACGCCGCGCCGCGCCCGCAGCCGCGCCAGCAGCAGCGUGUGCUGGAGCAGGCCGAGGCCGAGGAGCAGCGCAGACGCUCGGGUGCGGUCCAGAAUGGCACAUCGCGCACGGCGUCGCGCCCGGCCGCCUCGCUGUUGCCAUCCUCGCACGCCGGGUCGGCAGUCACGUUCGACGCCUUCUCGCCGGGCCACCCUUGGGAUCAUCCGCCUGGCACCGCGGCGGAGCGCUCCCUCUACCUUCGCCAGGAUCUGCUGUCCGACGACAUGAUUCCACAGCCGCAGCCGCCAGCAAAGAAGCCGCGGCUCGGCAUGGGCCGCGCGCUGCCGCAGCCACCACAGCGCGCCAACGCACUUGCGCCUUCGCAGCGCCCGCCUGCGCCGGGCCCCGACGAGGUCGUGAUCUCGCGCAACGGUAGACUGGCCGCUGCGCCGGACGAGGAGUUUGACGAUGAGGCCCUAUGGCAGGAUGAGGAGUCGCUGCGGCUGGUCGAGGAAGAGGCCGUGCAGCAGUCGCAGCGCAGCUCGCAGCCCACCAGGCCUGUCGCUGUCGCGCGUGCCGCCCAGCCGCUCGGCGCUCGAGGCCCACCUGUGCGCUCGACUUCCAGCCCCGCCGGCCGAGUCGCUGCCGGGCACGCUGGCCCCGCUGCGGCGAAUCUGAAUGGCCGAGCUUCGCUAGUCGCUGGUCCUUCGAUCCUUGAGGAGGGCCGGCAAGUCCGAGCGCCCGCACCAGCUCCCAAUGCGAACGCGGCGAAGCUCGUGGAACAGCUGCGCGCCCAGCUGAAAGAGAAGGACGCCUCUAUCCGCACGCUCACUGAGGCGAAGCGGCAGCAAGAGGGCGAAGUCACGAUCGUGCGCAAGAACAGCGAGACGGCCAAGCUGAAGCUCGAGCAGCUGCAGCAGCAGCUGCAGGAGGCAGAGCUGGCUCACAAGACGGAGAAGGAGCGCCUCAUUCGCGAGCACGACGAGGAGCGGAGGAGCGCCGAGAGUGUGGCGGCGUUCAACCACAUGUCGCACACCACCUCUCGCCGCAUGAUCGCCGGCGGCAGCGUCCCGCGCCGUCCGGCUGCCUCCUUGGUGCGCGACCCCAGUGGGCCGAGCAGCAGUGCGGCGCAGCGUGCGGGCUUGACGACGCCGACGCGGCGUGGGCGCAAUGGCCAGCGGGAGAGCCGUGCGCUGGGACACGAGGCGGGAGACGAGGAACGCAGUCCGAGUCAGCGCUCUGCGGCGGCCAAGAGGACCAAGCUGCAGACGCCGCAGGUGCCGUUCCCGAACCUGCGCAACUCGUUUGCCCAGCCCGGCCGAGUGGCACGCAACGGCGUCCUCAACUCCGCCGCGAAGGGCAAGGCUGCAGUGCGGGAUGGCGAUGGCUCGCCCGACGUCGAGAUGGCAGAUGCCGCCCCGGACGUCAAUGGAGAUCGCCAGCCCGUCACUGCGGAACUGCAGUCGCUGCCGUGGCACGAUGUGCGCGCUCGCUAUCCGCUCAUGCAGGCGAUCUAUGCGCGGCGACGAGCGGCGCUGAUGGGCCACGUCCUGGCGCACUCUUCUUGCGCCACCUCUUCUGCACAUCGGCAAGCAGGGCCGGCGCCGCGCACCGUGCAGAAGCUGCUUGUGGCUGCGCUGCCGGCGUGGCUGCCAAGCGACACGCAUGCGCUGUACGCCUCCGCCACGGCGAAUCUGCUCGGCAUCCUCAGCAGUGUGGGCGACGGGCCGCAACGCUUCGCCUUCCUCGCGCACAACGCUGCCCAUGUGCCCUCGGGCUCGGAGACGGACGAUGCGGCGGACUUUUGGGAUGCACACAAGCUGUGUGAAGACGGGCUGGCGGGUCUGCUCGACAGCAUUGCGGCCGUGCUGCGAGCCAUGCUGCAGUGUCUGAUGCUCGCGCGGCAUUCCGAGGCAAUACAAGACGUGCUGUCUCUGGCCAUGAGUCUCGGAUACUCACACCGCACUUUCGUCUACUCUCUCCUCGCGCCAGAUCGACAAGCAGCCACCGACGCAACGCAAGCACCACGCACACCUGGCUUGUCAUCGGCACAGCCCUUCGCAUCUGCGCUCGUCGCACUCGUGCGGCUGCCUGUCGUGCCCGAAACAAGAACCGGCACCAUGCCGGCCGAGGCAAAGAGUGACGCGCAGGCGACGCAGAGCAACGCACUGCCGCCGCCGUGGGAGCUGCGUGAAGAAGAGCAGAACGAGCUGCUGGCGUCGGUCAUUGGCGUGCUGGAGAUUCUCGCGUGGGGGCUGCUCGAGCAGGACUUUGGCCGCAUCAGAGUCGUAUUCGACGCGCCCGGCUUUCUCUCUGGCUUGCUCGACUCUAAGCGUCCAACAGCUCUGCUGUGCCGCACGAUGCGCAUUCUGACGCAUAUGGGCCAGUACGCCAACGCUUGGAGCACGCUCGUUGCCUGUCCGCUCGAGAAGGCGCGCAAACGAGUUCUGCCGCAUCGCGUUGCCCAGUCGCAGACGCCGCUCUUCGAGGUGCUGGCCGCACAUCUCGUCGAUGAUCGACGUGCAGACAGGCCAGUGGAAGCGCACGCACUGCAUUUCGAGAUCGUCGUCUUUCUAUCUCAGCUCGUCAUUCACCAUGCCGAAGCCGCAGUGCUCGUCGCCGAGAGCGCCUCGCUGCUUGCUGCAUUCGUGCGCUGCCUCGACUGCGACACUGCGGCUGUGUGGCAUGACGACGGACUGAGCAUCGAUGGCGACACCGUCAAACUCGAGGAGUGAGUGACGCGACGCGCGUAGGUCUUCCCAUCGCGCUGAUGCACGCCACGCAGCAUCGUCACUCGGAUAUGUAUGGACGUGCGGUUACUGGCACAGCUGUACACGUUUCCCGACCGGCCACCCAACCUGGCGCGACGGCUGUGCAGCGAGGAGUGCCAUGCGAUCUACAACGGCGGAC